UAACCCUUUACAGAAACUGCGUACGUAUUAUGCGCAGCGACAAAGACUGCUAGCCCGAAACCUAUGGGGAAGGAAUAAAAAAAGACGUUCGGUAUCGUCGCACUCUGUACCUUAAGACCGUUAUUAUCUGAGUAGCUCGCCGCCCCAGAGCUUCGGUACAGACGCCGAAAUUUGACGACGACGAGGCCGUAUUUGGCGUUAGCUUAAAGUCUGCUAAUUCGUUAAAGGAGCCCGUGGCGCCAGACAGUUUUUCAUUUGGACGGUCUGUAGGCUCGGAUAGCGAGGGAGCCGCCAUGGCAGUCGGAUCACUGAGCCUCCACAUCGGGAUAUGAAGAGGAGCCGCAUGUAUCUGGAAUCGACAAGAAAACGCCACAUUUAUCUCAGGUUGACACCCGAACUAGACCAUUCUUACAUUCGUGGGGUCCACACAGGAACAAUUCACAUUUGGCUUUGAACAGGGGGCCACAGGGAGAGGCCAGAUUCAUGACUAUUUCAGUCCGUGUCUUCUGAGGCCCGUUGAAAGAAAACCUGGAGUUUAAGCGAUGCUCUGAUUGACCCAUCGGUGCGCGAGAAGAAAGGACACUUUCGUAGGAGAUAUAAAAAGUGGCGCAAAGGAUCGAGGGGUAAUAAAAGUUCCCGAGAAUCCGAGCUAUACACAUUUACUGACAUCCUUUUUGGAUGAGAAGCUUCGGCGAAUCGACCAGCCCUGCCGUUUAGCAAGUCGCAGUGAAUCAACGGGAUUGGAUCAUCAUGUCGGGUCGGCCCAGGACCACAUCUUUCGCGGAGAGCUGCAAACCAGUACCGCAGCCAUCUGCUUUCGGCAGCAUGAAAGUCAGCCGUGACAAAGAUGGCAGCAAGGUAACGACAGUUGUGGCCACUCCAGGCCAAGGCCCUGACCGGCCACAGGAGGUGAGCUACACGGACACGAAGGUCAUCGGCAACGGCUCUUUCGGAGUCGUCUAUCAAGCUAAACUGUGCGACUCUGGGGAGCUAGUGGCAAUCAAGAAGGUCCUGCAAGACAAGAGAUUUAAGAAUCGUGAGCUUCAGAUCAUGAGGAAGUUGGACCACUGCAACAUCGUCCGUCUGCGCUACUUCUUCUAUUCCAGUGGAGACAAGAAAGAUGAAGUGUAUCUGAAUCUGGUUCUGGACUACGUUCCUGAGACAGUCUACAGAAUGGCCAGACAUUACAGCCGAGCCAAACAGACGCUGCCCAUGAUUUACGUCAAGUUGUACAUGUACCAGCUGUUCAGGAGCCUGGCGUACAUCCACUCGUUUGGGAUCUGCCAUCGGGACAUCAAACCCCAGAAUCUGCUGCUCGAUCCAGAGACGGCAGUGCUGAAGCUCUGCGACUUUGGCAGUGCCAAGCAGCUGGUCCGUGGGGAGCCUAACGUGUCCUACAUCUGCUCUCGCUACUAUCGGGCUCCUGAGCUCAUCUUUGGGGCCACUGACUACACCUCCAGCAUAGAUGUGUGGUCAGCUGGCUGCGUACUCGCAGAGCUGUUGCUAGGACAACCAAUCUUCCCUGGCGACAGUGGUGUGGAUCAGUUGGUUGAAAUUAUUAAGGUUCUCGGUACUCCGACCCGAGAGCAAAUCCGUGAGAUGAACCCCAACUACACUGAGUUCAAAUUCCCCCAGAUUAAGGCACAUCCCUGGACUAAGGUGAGUCAACAGGUCUUCCGGCCUCGUACGCCUCCCGAGGCCAUCGCCCUGUGCUCCCGCCUGCUGGAGUACACGCCCACAGCGCGCCUCACCCCUCUAGAGGCCUGCGCACACUCAUUCUUCGACGAGCUGCGUGACCCCAACGUCAAACUGCCCAACGGGAGAGAAAAACCCUCGCUUUUUAACUUCACCACCCAAGAGCUAUCUAGUAAUCCCUCUUUGGCCUCCAUACUCAUCCCAGCCCACGCCCGCAACCAGGCUGCCGCCUCUACACCAACCAACCCAUCCGCCACUACAGAUGGCAGCAGCACAGAGCGAGGUCCCAUCACCACCACCGCCUCUGCCUCGGCCUCUAACUCCACCUCCUGAGCCUGCAGAGCACCCUGCCCCGCCCCGGUCUCAGCCCCGGCCCACAGCCUCUCCAUUGCCCUGGCCAGGGUGGGGGAGCGCCGAUCAGCUCUGCUCCUGCCCCGCUCUCCUCCCUGGCAGCGGCGCAGCGAUGCUGAGGCAGCCCGGGUUCAACAGCUAAACAACAGCCCCCUCCUAGAAACGACCACAAACACAAGCAUCUCUGACUUCCGUCGCCGACCCCUCGGCCGGCCUCCUCGUCCAGCUGUUCGAGCUCCUCUCCAUCCUCCGUCAAUAACACCUCGAAGCGAAGCGCAGGGCUGGAGUGUUGCUGACUGUACUAUUGAUGAAAGUAGACUACAUGUAAACACGUUGUUUGUAAGAGGACGAGCUAGAAAAGUCCUUCGCUGUCCCCCUCAUCAUCGUACCAUUUCUCUGCAUCCCUAAGCCCCCUCCCCUCCUCAUUUGGCUCCUUCUGUAGUGCAUGACCCGAGUACGGUAGGAUCGAUUCAUUGGGGGGGUGUCGCACCUUCACAAGUCCACUUCCGCAGACAAGGCAUGAGGCUCCCGCACGCAUAAACACACACACUCGGACACGCGCACAUCCUCUCACACACACCGAGGCAUGAUGAUGUAUGCAGAAAGCAUCACUUUGUGACAGGGCGUGUGGUGUGGGUUAUAUUUGAACAGUUUAUUUUCUUGUCCCGGGGUUGUUUUAGCGGCAGGCGAGCUGUUUUACUCCAACAGUUUUAUUUUAUUUUGUACUCCUGGGCAGAUGUUUGUUUUUGGGUGUGCGAUGGAUGUGACGUGUAUCUGGUCCCGUGUGCUUGUAUAAUAUAUACAUACAGUACAAACACGCGUACCUACACAUUUUAUAUAUUACUUUUCUUUCUGUAUAAAAAGUAUAUAUAGAUAUAUGUAUAUUAUUCUACAGUGGUUCAGAAAUCAUUUAAGGUGAGCUCAUAUCCUGUAGAGCUGUGGCAAUAUUUGCUGCUGCCUAAAGAUAACAGAUUUCGAUAAGCUUGUGUUUAUUUUUGUUGUUCUUGCUGGAGUGUUGAUAGAUUCCAGCAGCCACUUCCUCCUCCUGCGUAGAUGGAUUUAGAGUGCCGCUCUAUUCCUUUUUGCCUUGGACUCUGUGUAUUAUUGCGUCUGUGACGGUGCAGCGUCUCAACAAACUCCUGUUUGCCUCCUCAUGAAGACUUUCAAUGAUCACGCUUUGUUUUAUUUUUCUUGUUCUGGCUUCUUAAGAAGCCCCAGCGGUGGCGGUCUCUGAUGCACCCCAGGCUGUUCUUGUGGUGCGACUGCCGACUGAAAGUGUUUGCCGCGCGUUACUCUCUCUUCCACCUGCAGCACGUAGAUCCGCUCGGUACAGGCUGACAAUUACAGAAAACACUACAGUUUAAAAAGAAGAAGAAGAAAAAAGAAACUGAAUUUGUAAAUACAGUAUAAAUGCUCUUCACCAAAACUCUGACUUGUAUGUCUUGUAUGUUAUUCUGUUAUGUUGAUUUUUUUUCCACGUUGUGUUUAAGGUAUGUAUAUAUACGCAGACCCGUGUACUGUUUAUGAGCAAAAACACAAAGAAAAGUGGGGAGAGAUUUGAAAAAGAGGAAAAAAUAAAUAAGAGAAUCAGGGUAAAACUGAUGUUUAUGGAUACUGUAGAUGAUGAUGAUGAUCAGCUUUAUCCAGCCAUAUGUUCAAUCUUACCUGUACAGUACAAUAGAUGACACAGCUGUAUUAUUGUAACAAGAACUUGUCAUGUAUAGUGUAACUAUAGUUUGGAGUGCCUUUGCUUUCAUACACCUUCGCUUUGUCUCCACCCCGCCUCCCCCUUGGCCAUCAACCACCACUCAGUGUUGUGACUCCCCCCUUGGUGCUGUUGAAUGUCCUGCUACACAAACGCCCCCUCCACCCUCAGCAUUUCCUCACUUUCCAUUGCACAGUUAACGUCUUACACAGAUGUAGGUAAUUCU